AUGUCUUCCGAUAACUGCGCUCCUGAACCGUCAAUGCUCAGAGCGAUAGGAACGCCGUACAGAGUGAGUAUUGUGAUCGUUCUUAAAAUUUCAAUGAAAUAAUUCAUUCACUCAGUUUUCAGUGGCUCAAAAGAAAAAUGUUCAAGGAGAGAGAGACCGGGAGCUCAGAUUCUCCGAGCACGACGCCCAAGCCUGAACCCACCUCGAUCAGCCAAGGAAAACAGUUCCGGCUUGAUCAAUUCCGUCUGGUCAGUGUCCUUGGCAGUGGCGGAUACGGCAAAGUCUUGCUUUCUGAGCACACACCGUCCAAAGCCUAUGUAGCGCUGAAGUUCGUUGAGAAAAGCAAUAUGCUGGAAAACAAAGAGUUCUUCGGACAUUUGAAGAUGGAGCAACGGGCGCUCCGAACUGUGGCUCACGAAAAACAUCCGUUUCUGAUGAACUAUCACGGAUGUUUCCAAACUCCGGACCACGUCAUCUUCUGUCUGGAGUACUGCGGCGGCGGAGAUCUGUGGCAGCGCCUCCGAAACGGUCCGAUGAAGGAGAAGGACGUGCGGUUCUACGCGGCGUGCGUAACCCUCGGGUUGCAGUUCCUCCACGAGCACGGCUUCACUCAUCGGGACCUCAAAAAAGAGAAUAUACUUCUGGACCGUCGUGGAUUCGCCAAAAUCUGCGAUUUCGGACUGUGUGAGUAUCGACCCUUUGCAAAAUCCGUAAUGACUUUCAUCUGCGGAACACGCUGCUACAUGGCUCGUAAGUUUCUUUGCGUUUUAUAAAGUCUGCAAGAGAAUAAGUUUCUUUUUCAGCCGAACUUCACAAAAAACAGCCGUACACUCGCGCCGUUGACUGGUGGGCCAUGGGAAUUCUAAUUUACGAGAUGAUUUUCGGGAGGGCAGCAUUCGGAGGGCUCAAUGUGAAGGAAUCGAUCAUCUACGACAAUGUCACUUUUCCCAGAGAAGCGUACGCUUCGGAAGCAGCUUGGUUCAUCAUUCGAAAGGUUCGCAACUGAACAGGACCGCCAAGAUCAACGGGACCGCUUUGUUUUUCAGUUGCUCACAAAAAACCCGGAAGAUCGUUUGGGAUACGGCGAGCGUGGAGCAGAGAUGGUCAAAAAUGCCGAUUUCUUUCUCGAUAUCAAGUGGGAUCAACUGCUGAACCGCACGGUCCGCCCUCCUUUCGUGCCAAAGAUAGUGAGUUUGUAUACUUUUAGUUCUGGAAUAGAGUUGUUUCUCAGAGUGCUCCUGACGACGUGAGAAAUUUCGACUCAAAGUACACUCGCCGGAGCGUCUAUUUCACAGCUAAACGACAAAUUCCAGAAAGUUCGCAGCACAUUUAUCGCCGUUUUGUUGACACUUUGGAAUAAUUUGUUGCUCAAACUCAAACUUUCCUGUUUCAAUGUUUCCAUUUCAAAUCUUCCCAGUUCUUGUUGUAUUCCAUCUCAAACAUAGGUUUUACAGUAUGUCCCAGUCCAAUUCUACUUUCGCAUAGUCUGUCUCCUCAAACCAACUCAACGUUUCUGUCUGUCUAACUCAUUCAUUGUAUACCCUUUCCUUCCCAGUUUCUGUUUUUACACCGGUUUACAGCCCCUUUCCCCCUAAUCCCUUUUCUGAAAUGUGCAGACUGGGUGGCCGCCAUUGCCAGUCGUAAAAUUCGCGAAAAUGCCCGAUUACAUAGGCAUCACAUUUGUGCGGGGGUCAAUGGGCGUGGUCUGUGCUCUUUCGAGUCGCGCACAGAGCUCAUUCAUUCCGUUUCCAGUCGUUUCUCUUCAUUUCGCUCUUGUUCUCUAUCUGAAAUGAUGCCAAUUUCAUCAAUUUUCUUGCUCUUUUCUCAUUCUCCAUUCAAUUCUCUAUUCAUUCUGUACCACUGAAGUCUCUAAGGACCGUCAUGUACCUCUUACUAUGUCCUUUCAUGAUUCCAUAUUACUUAACGUUUCCAUCACAUGUCAAAAUGUCUUGAGACUACUUUCAAACAUUUCCACAUAAGGUGAUUUACCAAUUUUGUCAAACUUUUACGGUUUUCUCGAAACAGAAAGACGUGGCUUUCAGGGAAUCGUAACAAAUGAGAACUUUGAUAAGUGAAGGAGAUUUACGUUUUACUUUUCCACCAAAUUCUAUCACAAAAAGUGGCCUACCGUUUGAGAACGAUUGCUCCCUGUAUACCACUCCUUCCCAAACUCUAUCUUCGCCUCUUCCUUUUCCGGUUUACAGCCUCUUUCCCCUUACCCCCUUUUCUGAAAUGUGCAGACUGGGUGGCCGUCAUUGCCAGUCGUAAAAUUCGCGGAAAUGCCCGAAUAGUCUUCACAUUUGUGCGGGGGUCAGUGGGCGUGGUCUGUGCUCUUUCGAGUCGCAUACAGAGCUCAUUCAUUCGGCGUUUCUCUUCAUUUCGCUCUUGUUCUCUAUCUGAAAUGAUGACAUUUCAAUCGAUUUUCUUCCUCUUCCCUCAUUCUGCAUUCUUGCUGAAGUCCGUUACCUCCGACUAGUCCUUUCAUGAUUCCAUAUCAUUCUUGUCGGCUUUUACACCUUUUCUAUCAAUUUCCAUUCGAUUUUCGAUAUAACUGCGUCGUCAAACUCGUGAAUCCGUCAUGUACAUCUGUAAUCAUGCACUUUUAUGAUCAUGUACCUCUGCAACUUUGUAUAACAUGAAUUUGAAACAUUGAUUUCAAAGUGUUCCUUCCAGAACAGUCAGCGAGGGACUAAUCGUGAACAACAACGAGAACACCGGUCAGCAAGGACGGAAAUUUUGAAUUGUUCUUGUUAUUGGGUGGUCACUGAUUGACCGCUAAAGGUUGAUGAUUUGAGUGUCUAGGAAUCAUUUCAAAUUAUCAAAAAACCAAAACUUUUCUUUCGCUCUCUGAACUGUAUUUCCGAACGACACUUCAAGUGUGAAUCAUUUUCAGUCAGACACGGCAAAACCAAACUAGAAUAGCAUUAUUAGUCACAAAACUGUUUGAUGAAACACGUUUUUGAUGGGAAAUGUGAACUUUUCACGUUCAUUUCAGGUUUUUUGCAGUUCGAAACUUGCAGUUCGAAACUUACUCAUUUCAAGCGGAAUUGUUCCAGAUGUUGUGUUACAGCUCUCGAAGUGAUUGUCAUCUCGUGUCUGAUCAUUUCCUCGCCUGGUUGUGUCAUCAAAUCAUCGGGAAAUGCUCUGAAAUUAGGUUUUUCUGAGUUUUGGCUUUAUAAAUACGUUCGGUCACUCUGUUUUCAUAAAACCUCGGCUUCUUCUUAGAUUUCCUAACUUUUCUCCUCUUCUUCUCUUUCUGUUCCUCUCUUUCUUCCUCUCUUUAUCACUAUAAUCAAAUACUCAACUACUGUUUUUCAGAUUCAUCUUAUCUCCUCAACAACAAUUGCAAUUAUGUCUGCUUCCAGCUCUACCACCCAGGUCUUCGGAAUCUCCCAGGCGAUUAGUGUGGCCAAGCCAACCGCUCAGGAUCUGAAGCUCACGAAAAUGAUGGUGAAGACGUUGGAAGACAUGAAGAGCUUCGAGCCGAAAGAAGAAACAAAGAAGAGACAGGAGGUGAUGGGCAAGCUGAAUGGACUCGUGAAGAAGUGGAUCGGUGCCCUGGCCGAGGUACGAAUGCCGUCGGAAGAAGGAUUCGUGCCAGGAGGUAAGCUUCUUGCAUUCGGGUCUUUCAGACUGGGAGUGCACAGCAGUGGCGGGGACAUUGACACGGUCCUGGUCGCGCCGAGUUUCGUGACCAGGGCCGAUUUUUUCAGCUCAUUCAAGAAGAUGCUCAAGGAGGAUUCGGAAGUGACGGAUCUCAACGCUGUGGUGGACGCAUUCGUCCCGAUCAUGACGCUGAAGUGCAUGGGAGUGGAGGUGGACCUCCUGUUCGCCCGUCUGAUGCUGAAGGAAGUGCCAGAAUCCCUGGAUCUUUCUGAUGACGCACUGCUGGCGAACAUGGACGUGAAGUGCAUUCGAUCGCUGAAUGGAAGUCGGGUCGCUGAAAAGAUUCUCAGGUUAGUUCCAAAUCAACACACUUUCUGCACUGCUCUUCGUGCAAUCAAAAUGUGGGCCAAAAACCAUGGGGUCUACUCGAAUUCCCUGGGCUUCCUGGGUGGGAUCACUUGGGCUAUAAUGGUGGCCCGUACCUGCCAGCUCUACCCCAACGCGGCGCCAUCCAAAAUCAUCGAGAAGACGUUCUUCGUCUUCUCCACGUGGAACUGGCCGGCUCCGGUCGUUCUGGACCGUAUGAGCACGGCGGCCUUUCCGUCCGUGGCUCGAUUGGUCUGGAAUCCGAGCGUCAACCACGCCGACUCUUACCACUUGAUGCCGGUGUUGACUCCGGCGUUCCCGGAGCAAAAUUCAACUUUUAAUGUGUCUAAAAGCACCUUGACGGUGAUUCAGGAGGAAAUGAAGGCAGCUAUGGCUGUCUGCACGGAGAUUCAGAAAGGUAAGGCCCAGUGGGAAGAGUUGUUUGCGCCGGUGAACUUCUUCUGCCGGUACAAGCACUUCAUGGUGCUUGUCAUGGCGGCGGAGACUGAGGAAGAGGAGCUCACUUACUUGGGCUUCUUCGAAUCGCGUCUCCGUCAGAUUGUGCAGCAGUUGGAGCGGAACCCGGCGGUGACACUGGCUCACAUCCAUGCCCGGCAGUACAACCCGAACAAGUCGGCCAAAUUUGGAGUGAGGGAGGAGAACAACCGUCGGACGUGCUGGUUUGUUGGACUUCAACUGGCUGAAAACGUCAAGUAAGUUAAUAACUCUUCAUAUUUUUAGUAAACUUAUCUCAUUUUCAGAUCGUUGGAUUUGACGCAGGAGACGGAGCGAUUCAAGAAGAACGUGGAAAAACAGGCGACGUUCGGGAAGGCGAUUGGAGAGAUGAAUCGAGUGGAAAUCGCCGCGGUCUACACGAAGAGGUCGGCUUUGGUUCAAUUCGUGGCGGCAAAGGAAUUGACGGUCGGGAUGGAUGGGAGCAAAAAGAAGAAGAGACCGCUGGGAGAGACAGCGGCCGACGGGACCGGCGGAAAGAAACCGCGUUAA